AUGCGACCAUUUAACAUAGUUGAAGGUAAAGGCUUUUUACGACUUGUGAAAGAACUAGAACCUACUUUUAAAGCUCCCUGUUCAAAAUAUUUAAAGAAAAGAACUACGGAAAAGUACGAAGCUUAUGUUGCUAUUUCUAAGUCCAGAUUAUCCAAAAUAGACAACUUCUGCCUAACGGUAGAUAUAUGGACAGAGACAAUGAAUGAAGUGGGAUUCAUGGGGGCGGAUAAGCUACGGAAAAUCCAAACGUGCAAUAAUGUUUCAGACGAAUCAGUUUUAAAACUUACUGCAGAUGUAAGAACUAGAUGGAACUCAACAUUUUUUAUGUUAGAACGAUUCCUAAAGUUGAGAAUAGUAAUAUCAGAAAUUGUAGUCGAGAGUGUAGUAGUUCCAAAUUUUCCAAGUGCUGUGGAAAUUCGCAACAUCGGUUCCAAGCGAGUGCUUAUUUUCCAAAGCCGGGGCAACAAUAUCGCAAACAAGGGAUUGUCUCCAAAAUACCUAGAGCAGUUACUGUUUUUGGGAAAUCUUGAUGCUAAAGAGUUUUUUGUUUAA